AUGAAUUUUCUUAAUGACACGGGUAAAGACAAACUUUUGUUUUCAAUGGGUACCGGGAUUUUGAUGCCAUUGUCUGACAUACCAAAAGAAUUGAACACUAAAUUAUCAUGUUUUCUAAAACUUGAGAGUGUUAAAAUUACUGAUAGUAAUUAUAAGUUCAUGCUUGUAAAAUUGGAAGCAUCUAUAAAUCCUUUUCAAGACAUAAAAACAGUAACCGAAAAUGUAAGUAAUAUGUGCAUGCUAAUUUUAAAGCGAAUUAUUUUAAUAACUGUUUCAUUUUGAAUACCUAGACUUUAGCACAUUUGUCUGCAAAUAGAGAUAUUUUUAAAAAUUAUUCACACGACAUUGAAGUAGCCUUUCAGGACAGGCUUAAUGAUUUUCUAACCAACUUAAAAAACGUAUUAUCUGCACAGAACAAAAACCGCAUAACCUUAGUAAUGCCUUUUGGAUUUGAAAAUAUCGAUAUUGCUUUAAAAAACAUCGAAACCAGGUAAUUAUGCUUUUCGUAUUAUUUCGUAACUAUUAACAUUUUUAAUGUAUUAUAUAAUUAUAAAAAUAAAUACAGUGUUCCGUAGUAUUCGUACCUUAAAUGUUUUCCACUCGGGGGAGGGGUGGCAAUUUAUUUUCUAUAUUCCUAACGGUUUUUUCUAAAACAUUUAAAAAUAAAAACAAAUACACCUAACCAUGAGAUCGACUUUAAUUUCUAUCACGGUAACCAGUCAACCAGAUUACUCCUGAAUCUUUAUUAGUUUGUAAUGAUUUUUGGUUGAUUCCAGUACAUAGGUAACCAAAAUUACCUUUCAUUUUACUUUAUUUUUUUCUAGUGAUGGAAAAAUGAUAGACGAAGUAUUAAAACUAAGACUAGAAGAACAAGUAUACGUGUGGUUUAAACAAAUUAGUACUUUGGUAAAAAUUAUGCCAGAUUCGAUUCUUGAACAAGAUCCCAAUGCAACGCAUGCUAAUUNAAUCGGCGAUUACUUGUUAGUGACAAAAAGCUCAUCUUUGAGCGUUUAUAGGCAAUUAAUGACCAUUGGGAUGAUUGGUACCUAAAUAAUAAUACAAUAUAAUAUAAUUAUUAUUAAAUUAGUUUUAUUACUUAUUAAUAUUAAAAAACAUAAAAACUUCAGUUUUUGUCUAAAAUUCAACUAUAUUAAAAAAAUUCAUCGUUGUAUUGUUUUCAAAUAGAAAAAAAGAACACGAAACUCAUCAACAUGUUCUUAGGGACACUCACUAAACCUAUCAAUAAGAUUGAAAGUAACGGUUUGGUCGAGUCAAAAUUAGAAUUGUCUGCGUUAUGGAGGACAUUGGUACUUAUAUGGAUAAACUGUUUAUGUUUUCAAAAUUACAACAAUAUUGUCAUUUUUGUAAAAUGUAUAUGUAACACGAUCAUAGCUGAGGUAAAUAUUAAUAUUAAUGACAUUUAUUUUAAUGUAAAUUUUUAAAAAUAUGUAUGAUGUUUUCAGUCAUCCAGACACGCAGAAGGGAAUUCUACGUUUCAAGGUGAACCAGCGGAGAACAUACACAAGAUUAAUGACGUUCUAGACAUCAUAAGUUAUUUCAAGUAAACCAAAUUAAUAGUUAAUACGUUAAUAAUAUUAAUGCAUUAGGUAGGUAAAUUAUGUAUGUUGCGGUAAUAUAUAAUCUUAUUUUUCGCAGAAAUCAAUUCAAAAUUGUUCAAAUGGGAUAUCUCUCUGAAAAAUUUGAAAAAUUCAAAUUGAAAAAUCCUGUGUUACGCAAUUUGAAACCACGUUACUGGAACUUUCGUACAUGCGAUUUGUUUGAAAGACUUGACGCAUUUGAGGAGAGGUUAAAUUGCCUCAAGGUGAGUAAGAAAUUAUACCAAGUAUCCUUUGAGAAUUCUAUACUAAUACGUAUUGAUUUUAAAAGUUAAGAUGCAUAAUUUUAUAUAAUUCAAACAGAAAUAAUAAAACAUGUUUAUUCUUCCACAUUUUACUAUAUAAUUUGAUGAUUAAUCUUUCAAUUUUUUUAAAUGCAUAGCAAAAAUAAAAUAUUUAUAUUAUAUUAUAAUUUAAUAGUAUUACUCCCAUCUUCUAGUCAACUUAUAUGAAAACUAUAAUCAUUUUUCAAGUAGGUAUUUCUAGUUUAGGUAUUAUUUGUUCUGCAAUUUUUUUUAUAACAAAAAUAAAUUUUGUCGACGUUUCGAUAAGUCUUAUUCCUAUUAUAUACACCGUACUUUGUGCUGUACGGUGUUUCACCGUUUUUGUGUUCAUUAAUAAUAUUGUUCCAAUAUUAUUUAUUAUCUUAUAUAUGAUUUUUGAAUCGUGCUACUGCAUUGACUAUGGUACAUGUAUACGUAAGUAGGUACAUCGUAAUAUUCGAUACAAUUAAAGUUUCAAUAAUAUUAUAUUAUUUGUCAAAAAUCAAUUUCCUACAUAUUAUAAUCACCUGUAUGAAAAUAUAGUAUCUGAUACUCACAAUAUAUUUAUUUUUAUUCUGUGCGUUUCAGUCUAUGCUGCUUAACUUUAUCGAUUAUCAAAAAUUAGAAAAAAUCGAAGUGAGCGGACUCAUGAGCCGUAUGUAUACGCCAAUGCUCGAACGCGUGUUUAUUAGGUAUUCAAAGUACCUAGAGUUAAUGAGUUCCAUUGCGUACGAUCCAUUGGACCUGUUUAACGAAGAGCCAAAUAAAUUGUUUCUGGAGAAUCAUAAUUACUAUGUAAACUUAUCAAAUGAUAUUGACCAUCGUUUAGCCACUCUGGCCAAAUCAUGUUACGAAAACAGUAACGAUUUAAUGGCACUCCAUAAGGUAUAUUUCCUAUAUCUUUCUAUAUUUAUGUAGAUGUUUUUAUGUAUAAAAAAUAUUACGUUGACAGUCGAUUUGCGUACACCAACCUGAAGUGCAAGGACGCGACCCGUUUCACCCAAUAAUAGACCUUUAUUAUUUCGUUCAAAUACGUUAUUAAUAAUUUUAAAAUUAAGUUGGCAAUGGUUUUUUAAAAAUUAUUUAAAAAGUCAUUACAAAAUAGAAAUAAUAAUUAUUUUAAAUGUCUACACAUGAUUUUUACACUCAUACCAAGUUAUUUUACCAAAUCUAAAUAUGUGUAUAAAUGUAUUAUUUUUAAAUUAUAUCCUCGUCUUUCUUUCGUUUUUUUGUCUUUUUUUUAGUGGGUUGGGAGAGAAUUUCAACGCUACAAAUUUGUAUAAAAUAAUAAAAAAAUAAUUUCUCAUAUACAUUUUUAAAUAAUGUUCUAUUUGUUUCAAUUGUUAUUAUAAUUCAAAAACAAUGGGAAUGGUCAAAUUUGGACGAAACAGGUCCCACCUAAAGUAUAAUAAUGUAAAAAGUUGAUUUAUGAUAUGCACAUAUUGUGACUACUUUCAGUUCUUAUUGGUGUUCGGCGUGGACUUGUUGGAAAAACCGAUCAUAGCAGAUUCCGUGAAAGAACACAAAGAAAAAAUAUUGAACCUGCUGGAAACAGAAUUGACCUAUCAGUUGGUGAGCCAUCUCUUAUUUUUGGUAUUUAAACUAUAGGUACGAUGUUUUAACCAAACCCGUAUUGGCCGUGGAUACUUGAUUUAUAGAAAAUCCUCGAUUCGGUGACGAGAACAAAGAUCACCAGGGAAGUUGAUAGGAAUGACUAUUACGAGUCACGUCUCAUACCCGAGAAAAUGGACCUACGGUAUCCGCCGGUGGCCAGGAUAAUAAUAUGGGGCCACUCGCAGAAAAAUCGGUUAAUGGAAAAUGUCCUCUCAACGCGGAGUUUAGAACUACCGUAAGUGUAUCAUUAUGUCGGUAUUUGGGUUUGGUCGGUCAAAAUAGAGCUGAUACUGGAGAUAUACCUGGUAUACGUUACUAGCAAUGUGAACGUGCCCGUGCAAUGUGAACGGCAGAUAUAAUACCAAAAAUAAAAUGGUCUAAUACUCAUCUACAUGUAUACAGGUUGUCCCAAGAAGAUAUACCCCUUUAAAACCGACGUUAGUUAGGGAAUAAGCUACAGGCGUUCCGCAAUAACAUAGGUUUUCACACGGAUUAGUAGAAAUUUAAACGGCUGUUACUUUGAAACUAUUCAUCGGAUAUAAAUGUGUGAUGCAUUCAAAUUUCCAAAAAAAAUAAAUACUACCGAAUGGCUAUCUUAAUAUUUUCCGUAAAUAAUAAAAUAAAGUUAUUUUUUAAUUUUUUAUUAAAAAGAAAAAAUUUAGUUCAAAUAUAAAUAUUUACAGUCCUCAUCCCUGUGAGUAAUGUAAAAAAAAAAAAACAGAAUUUGAUUAUCUUUAUUAUCUUAGUGGAGCCUUAAGCGACGCUUUAAGGAGAUAUUCAAGGGGUAAAUCUUCUUGGGACAGACUGUACGUUACUGACUGUUACGAUAAAAGUAAGAAUACCAGUAAAACCUAUGAUUUAUCGGUAAAUCUUAGGUUUUAUUUUUAAUUAAUUUAUUAAUUUUUUUUUUUAUUUGUGCACAACUUUUCUACCUGAAAUCGUGCUCCAAUUUUUAAGUGUAGCACUUUUUUUUAAAAGAAAAGAUGUUGCGAGGUACUUUAGAGAGGUAAUCGAUUUUCUCAAGAAAUUUUUCAUCAAAUGUGAAAAACCGAAAAAGCGGAGGAAUAACGAGAAAGUGUACGAAAUAAAAUGUAGAUAUUGGUUAAAAACAUUACACCCUUCUUUUUUUCUUGUGAACAAAUUUUCUACCAGCGAUUUUGCUCUAAUGAUAGCACUUUUUCUGAAAUUAAAUCUAAUGGGAAAGGUACUUUAAGGUGGUCAUUAUUCGAUUUUCCCAAGAGUUUUCCCAGCAAAUGUUUUUCACAUUUUUCACCGGGAACAAACAGGGAAAACUGGGAAAUACGAUAAAAUCGGAACAACAUUAAACAAAUAUUAUUAAAGAAAAUAUAUAAUGCCUACUUAAUUAUUUUACUAUGAUAUGACAUAUAUAUUGUUGACGAAGCAUCACUAUCAACUGAACUCCGCUCAGAAUCGUUUUUUCUUUAGCAAUGGUUUAUCGUUGCUUACAGGUAUAUAUUAAACUAUUUAUCACAGUAGCUGCACCGGUUUCCAUAAUCCUAGGACAGUUUAUAUAUAUAUUAAUUUUUAAGUACUGCUUAAACAAUAUUUUUAUAUUUUUAAAUAUUUUGUUGAUUAUCUUUGCAGCAUUAUGAAUUGUGCUAAAGCCAUUCAGAUCGAAUUAAAAAUUAAAGAAUUAAACCGUAGACUAGAAGACUAUGUACGCAAUAAAUUUGACGAAUGGACGCGUUUUGUGCCUAUACAAAUCAAGGAGAAAAUUGAAUACUCACCGUUUAAAAUUAACGAAGAUGAAACAAUCGAAAUGAAUUUCCCAAAAGAAGUAAUAAAGUUGUUAUGAUAUCUUUCAUACCAGUUAUUGAUAUGAUGUGGUAUUGAUAAAUAAAAUAUUAUAAUGUUUUAUUUUAAGCUCGAUGCUGCUAUCAAAGAAACCCGAUAUAUGUUAAUGGGAGAAUUAUAUUACAAAAACCCGUUGUUGACUAUUACCACGAGAGAUAUACCACACGAAGCGAUUGAGCUCUAUAAAAGAGAGAGAAAGAUUAUAUCUUACAAACACGAUAUUGAAGACAUAGUUAAUUGGUCAGUAAUAAACAUCAGUAUGAGAGUGUGUAACGUUAUAAAUUAUUUAUUAAGUAGGUAUGCCUAUUCGAAAUAUAGGUAGGUAUUAUUUAGAACGAUUAAAUAAUAGAAAUUAUUUCUUAUUCUAUUGUCACUUAAUUCUAUUAAAUUAAUUUAUUAUUGUUAACAAUUGAAUUGUAUAUGAUUGCACUUGGUCUGUUUUCUGGUAACAUCUAACUACAAGUUUAAUUCCGUCGUACGCUUGGGUCGCUUGGGGUUAAAUAAUAAUAUAAAUACAUAUGAUACGGUAGAAUCGGAAGUAGGUAUAGAAAAACAUUAAGUUGAACAAUAACGAAUUACACAUGAAAUAGUACAUAUUUGAACUAUUAGGUCCAUAUUUUGGUAUACCUUACCGAUGCGUUAUUUUUGUUUAUGUCAUUUAAUAAUCGUAUGUAUUAACUAGACUGUUUGUAUAUGUAUAGGUAUAAUACGCUGAAAAAGGAUACUCACCCAGCAGAAUUACAGUUAAUCAUUAACUACGUCGAGGAAAUUGAUAACCUUAUUAACGACGCUCAAAUGUUUGUCACGUGGAACUCCGAAGGUAAAUAAAAUGUUUUAAUUUGAUACGAAUCCAUACAAGGAUGUAGCUAAACAUUUUAUCAGGGGGAGGGGGCAACGAAUAGCCAAGACAUUUUUAGUGUUUUUGUACGUAUAUUUAAAUAUUUUUACUCACGUCGUGUUAAAUUUUAGAUUCUAAAGCGAUUAAAAAUGUUUAUGAUUUUACAAAGAUAUUUAUUUUUUUUUUCUGUGGACAAAUUUUCUAUUAGAAAUUUGCUCCGACUUUUAAUGAUAGUAAUUUUUUUAAAAGAAAAUUUCAUUGUGGAGGUACUUUAAAGAAGUCGUUUUCCGAUUUUAUCAGCAAAUGAUUCAAUUUUUUUUUUUUUUACGUACUAUAGUUUUAGCCAGGUCUAUCAAAUCUAUCUCCUAUUCGAUGAAAAACUUCCUAAAAAGCUUUUAUAAGAUCUUUUACUUCAACAUCUACAUUUUGACGAUAGGUUUUUAAGACACUUACUAAGAAUUUUUUUACGUGACCUGCACAUGUGAAAACAUUCAAAAUUUUGCCUGUAGGGCAUUAACAAUAAGCUAUAAUAAAGAAUAAUUUUAUUUUUAUAUGUACACAAAGUAUACACGUAUUUUAAACCUAUGUAACCUAAACUAACCGAAUGUUUUAAACUAGCAGAGUUAUUUCCAUGAUAAGUAUGAAAAAAACAAAUUGUAUUUAAGCACGAGAAAUAUUCGCGUCUAUUCCUUUUCCAAUUUAAAAUUUCGUUAACAUUUCAUAUUUGUUAGCUAAUAACAGGAAGGGGCACUUUCCCCCUACACUGGUUACGCUCUUGAAUACAUACAUAAAUAGGUACCUAUAAUAGAUAUACUAUUAUGUUUAUAAUUUAGAUUUAGUGUANGAAAACGAACAGCAGCCUCUGCUUACAAAAAUAGAAGCAACAAUUGGAGCUAUUCAUAGUUUGACUAAGAGCGUUUACGAACGUUUAAUGCAAAUUAAAGACAACUUCAAAAAAAUAAAAUUACUGAGCAGUCAGUGGGAAAAUACACCAAUGUAUUUGCGCGAAAAGACCACGAAGCUUAUAAUGCUUGGCGACCGGUUGACCUACUUCAAAACCACUAGGUACAAGGAAAUAGAUGAUGCUAGUUCAAAGAUACACCAAUUACUCAAGGAAGACCUUUUGCUGUUUCACAAUGUGCCUUUAGUGGACCCGAAUCGGGGUAAAUUAUAAAUUAGCUAAUAAGGUCGAUAUGCUGUUGACAUAUAAUAUUUGUUUUUUCAUACAAUGAUAACAAACACGUUGAGAAUACAAUCCCGGGAUCUCGGAAUUAAUUGGAACCAAUCCCAGGAUACUCAUAAUAAUCCAGGGAUUUCAUUUAAAAUUUAUGAUUUAAAAAGACAAAUAAAUUUAGAAAAUUGAUUUUUUUUUUUUUUUUUGUAUAGAUAGGUAUAUGUUUGUUUGAACAAAAUUUUAAUAAUUUAAUAUUAUUGAAUAGUCGAUAAUAGUAUGUAAUAUUAUAUUAUAUACGAUGUAUAACAGAACAAAUAUGAAUUCUAAAUAUUAUAAAAAUUAGUAGGUUGAAAAUUGUAAUUUAAUUUUGUAUUUAUUUUUUUUUUUUUUCUAAUGACUUAAUAAAUAAAAAAUACUUGAAAAUUCGAUUGAAAAAUAGCAAAUAUCUGAUAUUGGUAGCAGUCAACAACGCAUAUUAUGGUUCGAUUCUAGUGUGCUAAUGGACAUUAUGGACAUUUAAAUGCUGAUUCGCACACUAGUUCUUCCAUUUUCAAAUAAUUUCUUGUUUAAUUAUUUACUGAUAUGCAUAAAAUAUUUUAUUAUUAAAUAUAUGUGUGCUUAUUGUUUCUAUUAAUUUAUAAUUAUUAUAUUUUAUAUUUUAUGUUACAACAUUUUAUAGUUCGUAACUAUCUCGAAAACCCCGGAAAUAGCUACCCACUAAUUCCAGGAUUUUCAUGAAAAAAAUUAACGGGACCACGGGAUUUUAUUCUCUAAAUUCUAUCUUGUAUUAUACAAUAUAUACCGUGUACAUUAAAAAGGUUUCUUCUAUUGUGCUACACUAUUUUAGAAUAUGAUUACAACGAUGAAAUGGAUGUCGAAAUUCAAGAAGAAGUAGAAGAGGAAAGUGUAAAACCGAAGCUUUUAAAAGAAGAGCAAGAAGAAAUAAUAGACUCUGUUUUAGGAGAAUCUAUUAACGAAACGGAGUCUGUUUAUUUAAAUGAUGAAGAAAACCCAGAGGAAGAAGAAAAUCAGCUAUUAAACGACGAUCAAGACGAAGAAAUGAUGUUUGAUGAAAUGGGAGAAGAAGAAAUAAAAUUGAAUUACAUUGAUACUCAGGUGGAAAUAAUAUUAUCAGACCUCGGAAGAAAAUUAUUAUGGGAAGAAUAUAAAAAAUAUGUAGACGAUGCAGUUUUUGAGUGUUUACAAAAUGCUAUUCUAAUCAGGUAAUUGACAAAACUGUAAAAAACUAAAAAAGAAAGUAAUUUCUUUUGGUUUUCCAAGCCUUUAGAAGCCCUUUCCCGGUAGGAAAAACCGGAAAAAAUAUCUGAGAAAUGUACGUACUUAUAAAAAAAACUUCGCUACCAAUCGUUUUUUGUUAGCAAUGGUUUAUCGUUGAGUACAGAUAUAAAUUAAAUUCUCCUUUAUAUACUUCCAUCCCAACUUCUAAUCUACAACAGUGACCCACCCAUCGUGCGAAGUAUAUCCGUCUUUUUUAUAAUUAAUUUUUCAAAUAAAGGUUAAUUUUAUAAAUUCGAAUAAAUACAUUUUAUAGAUUCGUAAUGUUUAAUUGUUUUCGUAUUAUUAUUAAUAUUAGAGGCGUAUAGAAACUAAACUAUACGUCAAUAAAUUUACCUAUUACAAUUGAUGUUUUAUAAAAACUAAUGUUUUAUUUAUGUUUAGUCUAAAGUAUAUUCAUCAAGACUUAAAAAAUGUACAAGAAUGUACUGCAAUAUUUAUGGCUAUGUAUGUUCUCAAUAAAAAUGGUCCAAUUUUUUCGCCCGAUUUCAAUAUUAAUAAUAAUCCUAAUUUCUAUGGAAUUAUUGAUUCCUUACUUGAGGACAUAGUUGAAAUGGGAUUGCACAUGAAACGAAUUGCCGAAGAGUAUCCAUCGUACAAUGUAUGUAUAUUAGUAAUUACAGUGUUAAAUUAAUUAUUUACUUAUGAUAAAAAAAAAAUGUAUUGUUAAUUUCACAUUACAGGUAGAUAUUAGAGAAACAAGCGAAGUAAAGGAAUCGAUAUAUUCCAUACUUACCCAAGUAAAAAUUACAAUUACAAAAGUAAGACUUAAGUAUAAUAACUAUUUAUAAAAUAUACUUAGUAUAGAGGUAUUAUUGUAAUUGGCGGUUUCUCAUCACUAGUUUUCCUAUAAUUAAUUUGAAGUUUACCUAUACACGCAUAACCUAAUCAAAAACCAACUUUUACAUAUAAUACCUAUAUUUAUUUGUUUGACUUUGUUGAUUAAAUAAUUAAUUCUGUUAUACUUAGGCCCUUGACUAUAUCUCUCAGUAUAAAGUUUACUCUUCGGUAUGGCUUACUAAUAAGAACGACGCAUUGUCAUUGUUUUUAACAUAUGGCAAAGAUCUGACCGAUGAUGAAAUGAAUCUACGUUUUGAAAUGGACAAAGAAGGAAAUCUAGUUGUACCUCAUUCUUUUCCGAAACUUAGUUCGUUCAAGGAAAAAGUAUACAAAAAAAAUAUUUUUUUUUUUAGUUACAUCGACUCAAUAACAUUAAUUUUUAAAUUUAGAUUGAUUCGUAUGAUAAUCUUUAUCAAAAAAUCAAUAAAAUAGUUGAAAUUAUCACACUUGAUUAUUGGUUAACUAUUGAUAUUAAUCCAUUUAAAAAAGAUCUUUUAAGUUUAGUUGCUAGUUGGUCAGACUUAUUUAAAACGUAUUUGGUUGAUGAUGUGGUGAACAGGUAAAAUGAGAAGAAUUAGUAAUUAAUAGUUUUUUUCUCGUUUACUGUGAUUUUUUUUUUUAUGUAUUUUAGUCUCCGCUCGUUACUCGAGUUCACCAAAAAUACAGAUAGUGGUCUUUUGAAACCAUUAGAAGAAGGAGAUUAUGAUGGCCUGGUGAAUGUCAUGGGUCAUUUAUUUAGAGUUCGAGAAAAACAAGAACAAUAUGACUCAAUGUUUGAGCCAUUAGCAAAUACAUUACAUCUGCUUAAAAUCUAUGACGUAGAAAUGCCAGAGGAUGUGUAUUCCCUAAUGCAGGUCAGAUCAUUAUUAUUGUACUAUAAAUUUUAAUUACCCCGAGUAUCUGUUUUAAUUAAUAAUUUUUUAUUUGCGAGGUUAUUUACAUAUUUUUUGCUUUCUUAGGAAUUGCCAGAAAAAUGGAAUACAACCAAGAAAAACGCAAUGACCACCAAAUCACAAGUAGUACCUUUAAUUCAAAUCGAAGGAAUAAUAAUAAGUAAAAGAAUUAUUUUAUUGAGCAUACGGGAGACUUUGUUCAAAAAUAAUUUCUUAACCAUGCCCCAAUUUGAGUAAGAAUUUGUAAUUUUGUAUUUUAAUUCUUUUAGAAAUGAGUAUUAACAGUUCGUAAAUAACUUUAUGUAUUAUAGUAUAAAUUGUAAAAAUGCGUAUUCAGAGAUAGAUAAGACAAAUAAAGAUUUAAUGGAAAUACAAGAUUUGCAUGAUAAAUUACUUUCUCAAGCUUUAUUAUUUGAAAUAACACAACCAGAAGCUGGAAUUUUGGAAUCAACUAAAUCACAUUUACAGCUAAAUAAACAGCUAUGGGAUUUCAUUUAUUUGGUUAAAAGUUGGAUAAAUUUAUGGCUGACGACUUUAUGGAUAAACAUAGAUUCUGAAUUUAUGGAUAUGGAACUAAAACGAUAUUCCAAAGAUUUAAAACGUAUACUUAACAUGUUUAAAGGCUUAAAUAUAUUUUGAAUACAUUAUAAUUAAUAACUAAUGUUGAUUUAAAGUAAUGGACAAAGAAAUGCGCGAUUGGCCAUUAUUCAUAGGCAUUGAAAAAGUAGUUAAAACUAUGAUAACUUCGUUGAAGGCAUUAACUGAACUUCAAAACCCAGCAAUGAAAGAUCGGCACUGGGCUGAACUUGUAAAAGUCACAAAUGUAAUAUUACAUAUUUAGAAACUAUUUUAAAUAAAACUAAUUUAAAACUAAUAGAUUUUCACCGUUAAAUUCUUAUAGGUACAAUUUUCCAUUGACAAAACAACUACUUUAAAUGAUUUAGUAAAACUUAAUUUACACGAAUAUGAAGACGAUGUGAAAAAUAUUGUCGAUAUGGCCGUUAAGGAAAUGGCUAUGGAUAAAUCAUUGAAAGAAUUCAAUGAAACAUGGAACGCUAUGCAGUUUGAGUAUCAGCCCCAUUCUAGAACAAAAGUUAAUUUACUUAAAGUACGGGAUGAAAUAAUAGAAACAUUAGAAGAUAAUCAAGUACAAUUACAAAAUAUGAUGAACUCAAAGUUCAUUGGACAUAUGUAUAACGAAGUGUCGAGUUGGCAAGCAAAGUUAAACACUGCAGAUCGUGUAAUAAAUUUAUGGGUAGAAGUUCAAAGAACAUGGGCUUAUUUAGAAGCGAUAUUUAUUGGCUCUGAUGACAUAAGGACACAGUUACCAGAAGACACGAGAAGGUUUGAAAAUCUCGACAGAGAAUUUAAGGUGAAUGAUAAUAUUGAUGACUAUAAUAUAGUUAAUUCAUCAUGAACGUUAUAUUAUAUCGUGGACAAAAUAUAAAGAAAGUCAAAAGUAUUAUUUAAAUAAAAAUUAAUAAAGUAUAGUUACAACUAGUUUUGGCUAUGGACCACCAUCGGGUAACAGAUUAAAUAUGUACAAGAAUGCCGUAUUAAUAAUAGGCAUGAAAUAAAAUUUAAAAAACGACAUAAAUACAUAAUAUAGUACUAUAGAUAAUAAUAUUGUCAUAUUUUAUUUGUUACCUGCAGACAAUGGCCCGUGACCGAAACACCCAAAAUUAGUAAUUUGUAAUCAGCGGUGUUCCCAUAGAUUAUACUACAUAUUAUAUGCCGUAGACGCUUAAAAUUGUGUUGACAUAAUAUCACGGGUAUGCCACUAAAUCCAUCGAGUGCACCGUGCAAAUCUCCCGGUUUCUUAACAUAUUAAUUUUUAAACAAUAAACGAUAAUUGCAUUAUACAACUUUGACCGAAUUUGAUAACCUAAUAAAUUAUGUUUAAGCGUAGAAACCUAAAUUAAUUAAAUACCUAUCUCAAUUUGUAAAUAAUAGUCAACAUGACAUUCUGAAAAUGCAUAUAUUUUAGUACCUAUUUUUAUAUUCGGAGUGUAGCAAGAGAUCUAUUAGUUUUACUAUGAUAUAUAUAUAUUUUUUUUUUUUUAUAUGUGUGUAUGUAAACAACUAUUCUAUCAGAAAUAUAACUCCGAUGUAUAAAGUGUAGUACCUUUUCUGAAAUGAAAUGUUGUCUAGUUGGUGUAUUAAAGAGGUCUUUUUUUGAUUUUCAAAAGGGUUUUCCAAAAAGUUUCGAAAUAUGUAUUUCAAAAUAUGUCUUGUAACUAUAUUAAAUAUGUUUUUUAUUUAAAUAAUACUCAUGGCUUUCCUUAUUUUUUACCCGCAUUGUUUUUUUAGUAUUAAAUCUUUCUUGUUUUAUUAUACACCGUACGGAUAUUUUUUUUUUUAUAUAGGCACAACUGGUAGAUAUAAAAGCUAAUCCAAAUGUUGUAAAAGGCACUA